AUGUUGUACCUCGAAGACUAUUUAGAAGUGAUCGAGAAUUUGCCCAUGGAAAUGAGAGACCGACUCACAGAGAUGAGAGAAAUGGACCUCCAGGUUCAAAAUGCACUGGACAAUCUUGAUGACAAAGUUUCAGCAUUUUUUAAAAAGUGUACACAAGCGAAUGCAAAGAAUGAUUGGCGAGAAGAACAAUUCACCAAAUUAAAACAAGGCUACUACAAAGUGCUUGAUGAUGCAGAUGAAAAGGUCCACUUAGCUAGCCAUAUACAUGACUUAGUUGAUAGGCAUUUAAGAAAGUUGGACCAAGAAUUAUCCAAAUUUAAAAUGGAAUUGGAAGCAGAUAAUGCUGGAAUCACAGAAAUUUUAGAAAAAAGAUCUUUGGAAUUAGACACACCACAACAAAGUCAGAAUCGUCCAGACAAACGGCGUGUGGUUGCUCCUGUAAAUCCUCCCCAAGCAUAUCAUAAUGACAAACAAAUCAGUACUGAGCGAGUUUUGUCCACACUUGCCAAUGAAGUUGCUAAGGAAAGUAUAGGCCAGAGACGGACUAGUACAGCAUCUAAUACCUCAUCUGUUAAUUCUUUCAACUCUGGAGGCAGCGGAAGUCAGGCUGGUAUCACAUACAGUUUAGGUCACAUGGGUGCUGGAAGCAAUGCAGCCAUUGCAGCUGCUGCUUCUCAGGCCAUUGCAGCAACACAACAAACGGUAACCUCAGGGCGAAGUUUUGUCCAGAAGAAUCCUAUGUCCCAAGGCCGACGUACGCCGAGCAUGAAAGCCAGUAUUGUAGCCAUGAGCCGGCCAGCUGACCUUGCUAAGGAACUUUCAAUCAAGGAAAUGGCUUUCAAUGCAAGCACAAAUUGUACUCCUUCACCAGCUGCAGUGGAAAGUACCUCAAGUGGAACUGCUGCGACCCCUCGAGCACCAAGGUCAAAAAAACAAUCCAAAGCAGCAGCAGUGGCAGCAGCAGCAGCAGCAGCGGCGGCAGCUGCAGCAGCAGCAGCAGCAGCCAAUCAACAUCCUCAGGUAUCUGUUGUUGCAUUGCAACAAGCUGUAGCUGCCCAGCAGCAACAGGUCUCUGUACAGCAACCGGCAACCCAGCAGCCAACCCCAGUACAGCAAGCACCUACACAAAUCCAGUCAUCCCAAGUGGUUGUGGGUACAGCCCCUGCUCAGGCUAUCUCUUCUCCACAGACUGGAGCCGAAGAUUAUUCUUCAGAACUACAGAUCGUUGAUGAGAACGGUCAGCCUGUAGACUGGCAGGACCCAAAUGAACCACGAUACUGUGUGUGCAAUAAUGUCUCCUAUGGAGAUAUGGUUGGCUGUGAUAAUGAUGAUUGUCCAAUGGAAUGGUUCCAUUAUGGUUGUGUGGGAUUAACCCAAGCUCCAAAAGGUAAAUGGUACUGCCACCAGUGUACAAUAUCCAUGAAACGUAGAAGUCGAAGGUGA